AAAAAACGCAUCACAAUGUCUCUUACAAAGUAUCACUCCCUCAUCAACAACCAAUUUGUUUCAAGAGAAUCUGAGGAAGGAACAACAAGUCAAGAUGAAUUGUAUAUUCCUGUUGUCAAUCCUUGCACCGAAGAGGUAAUCGGUUUGAUCACUCAAGCCUCUGAAGAACAAGUUCGUUCUGCUGUUCAAAGUACUGUCAAUGCUUUUGAAGGAUGGAAGAAUACACCAGUUUCCGAAAGAGCUGCUUGCUUGAACAAACUUGCCGAUAAGAUGCAAGAAAAUAUGGAAAAGUUGGCCACUUUGGAAACUCAAAACAAUGGUAAAACAUAUUUUGAAUCAUUAGCUGAUGUUGAUGAGUGUUGUAAUACUCUCAGAUAUUAUGCAUCACUUGCUGGAUAUGUUCAAAAGAAAUUGGAUGGUUACACCAAUGAACAUCAUGAAAGUGAAAAACAUGGUUUGUCCAAUCGUAUUGUUUUCGAAUCUGUUGGACCUUGUGUUUCAAUCUUGCCAUUCAAUUAUCCAUUGUUAUUAUUAAUGUGGAAGAUGGGUCCUGCAAUGAUUACUGGUUGUUCAUGUGUUUUCAAGCCAUCUGAAUAUACUAGUUUGACCACUCUUGUUUUGGGUGAAUAUAUUAAGGAUAUCUUCCCACCAGGUGUUAUUAAUAUUGUUGCUGGUUAUGGUUACAAGAUUGGUAAUUUGUUGACAAGUGAUCCACGUAUUAAGAAGGUUUCAUUCACUGGUUCAUUGGCAACUGGUUUGAAAGUUUCUUCCUCUUGUACUCCAAAUUUGACUCGUUGUAAUUUGGAAUUGGGUGGUAAGAGUCCAAUUAUUUGUUUCGAAGAUUGUGAUAUUGAUUUGGCUGUUGAAUCCAUUGUUGGAGGUAUUUUUGCUAAUAAGGGUGAAAUUUGUUCUGCCACUUCAAGACUCUUAGUUCACAAGUCUAUCUAUCAAUCUUUGAUGGAUAAAUUGGUUGAAAGAACUAGAAAGAUUGUUACUGGUGAUUCUCUCUUUGACAAGUCUGUUUCUCAUGGUGCUCAAGUAUCAAAGAUUCAAUAUGAUAAGGUUAUGAAUUAUAUUGAAACUGCCAAGAAGGAAGGUGCUAUUUGUCUUGUUGGUGGUGGUAGACCAGAAAAGGCUGCUGCUCAAGAUCCAACUAAGGGAUUCUUUGUUGCCCCAACCAUCUUUGCCAACGUUACUGAAGAUAUGACCAUUUGGAAGGAAGAAAUUUUCGGUCCUGUUUUGAGUGUUGGUGUACCAUUUGAAACUGAAGAAGAGGCUAUUAGAAUGGCCAACAAUACUGAAUAUGGUUUGGCCGCUGCUGUCAUGUCAGGAAGUGAUGAAAGAUUAGAACGUGUUGGACGUCAAUUGGUUGUUGGUUCUUUGUGGUUGAAUUCCUCUCAACCUUGUCUCUGUCAAUGCCCAUGGCCAACCCGUAAAAAGUCUGGUAUUGCUGUUGAAUUAAGUACUUUUGGAGUUGACUUGUUCAUGGAAGUUAAGACCAUCUGGAAAAAACUCUAAAUAAAUAUUUUUAAAACUAUCCCACU